UUAUGCUCAUCAUCUAAAGGCUCAUCAGUGAAAGAAAAUGUCAAGUCAAACUCUUUACUUUCUGAAACUAGCUUUGCUCCAGUUUUAUUCACAGAUAUUGGGACAAACUGAUGGUAUCCCCUUGUGCCAGGAACUGUUCUUGCAAGCUGAAACCUUGACUUUAAUUCUUCUCUUAUGAUACUGAUAUCACUGCUUGAGAGAAAUUCAAAGUGAAUACUCUUGAUAUCAGCUUUGCAAAAGUAAACUAUUUCCUGAACUGACAAAAUUUGGUUUUGCAUUGGUUGUUGAAGACUUGCUUUUGCCACAAGCCUUUUCACCGUACCGCCAAUUCCAUCACAUGGAGAUUUGCCGUGGCUAGUGGGAAAAAAGUUCCACUGGCAUUUGAUACCAAAAUCGUCCUGAUGGUGGCAAAGGUUCUCAAAAUGCUAACAAUUCUUGUAUUGCCCUGCACAGCCAUCAGAAAAAUAAUGGAUCAACUUUAUGCCAGGGGAGAUUUUCUCCUUUAUGAAAUGUACUGUUUCUUGUAAAAUCUUGUAGACCGUGCUAAUGUCAUGGUCAAGAUCAUCCAAGAGGAAACAUAUUGAUUUGUUAACCAGUGAAGAUGGCUCUGUAAAUUUGUGAUAGAUUGCCACUGGAUGUAAAGUACAUUGCCUUUGAUUCCAAUGGUAACCUUGAGAUUCGUCCUGAACAACAAAUUUGAUGUUCUCUGAAAAAUCCCCAAGUACUAUCACCUCUUCCUGCCUGAUCUUUACUUAAGAAUCUUCAGGAAAUUUGCCUGUCACUUGACGACGAACGAAUGGGUUGUUAUGUUGUCGAGUUGUCCACACCAAAAGGCCAAUGAACUCUUUCACGGAUGCAGUUUGGGUGAGCAACUUUGACCUAUCUGCUACUAUCCACUGCUUAAAACUGAUUGCUUCUUCCAGAAUUUAGUUCUCUCUGUCUGACUCAUCCAAACUUUCUAUUUCCUCUGAAGACAGUUCUUCUCAGGGGCGGAUCCAGACUGACUUACUCGACUUACGGAAGUCAGUCAAAAUUUUUUACUCGAAAUAAUUUUUGAUGCGGCAAAAAUGAUAGACUAUGACCCCCAAAACCCAUUCUCUCAUGUCCCAGAACGGCAAAAAUAUUUGUUUAACAAGAGGAAAUUAUGCGGUGUUGAUCCAUCUUCAUAUUCUCCAUAAAUUCAUCUCAAAUCAUCAGAUCUAUCAGCCAUAAUAUCAGGAAUGAGGCAUGAGAAUGGUAGAAAAAUGAUCCAUCAGUGAAUUCUCCUAUCAACAUACACUGAAGCUCAAUGCAUAAAUCACUAGAACAAAGAUGCUAUAGGCAAAACUCGCAAAAUGAUUGGUAAGUCAGUCGAAUAAAUUAGGAAUCUGCGCGGUCAUCUUUUAACAAAGCUUUUCUGCACCAGGCAAAAAUGCUAUUGUUCCCGUAAGUCAGUAGAGGCGAUGUAUGAUCAAUAAGGCCAAUUAUUUUUACAGGAGUUAGUAUGAGAAUUUUUUUGGGGUCCGGACAACGUAUGGAUUUUAAGACUGACUUCCACUGACUUCCACUGACUUACCAAUCAUUUGCAGCCAAGCCAAGACAAUACCCUCCUGCCCAGCAUUUCUGCAUCUCAGUACAGCAAAUGCUUGGCAGAGGUUUUCGUAUUUGUGUCUGAGGAAUUAGCUACGUUUCGGAUACAACAUGGAUAUUUUAAAGUUAGUUGAGUCGCUAAUUGUCUCCAAUGACACAGAGAGCCUUCAUAGCAUUUACGCUGAUAAUAUCAGGGCAUCUGGGAAGCAAACAUCUAUCUCUGUAUCUGCUGCUCUUGGCCUUCCGAGGGACUAUGCAGCACAACAUUUUAUCCCUUGGAACAGACUGGAUAUAGCAGGAGAAAAAACUGCUUACGCAGGAAGGGUCAAGGAGGAUGGAAACUGCAUGUACAAUGCCUGUUCUUUAGCUAUCAGUGAAAAAGAAGACAUGUCUCAUCUACUGAGAGCAUUAACAUCUGCUGAACUUUACCUCUAUUCUGAAUUCUAUGCCUCUCAUCCCCAUUUUGCAACACUUCUUGCCUCUGAAAGAUCUUCUGCCCUCUUGGAAACUUUCUUUUCUCAUUCAAUUUCCCAUGAAGCAAGUGAUUUGCUUACAGGUUUUUUUAAAAAUUAUGCUGAUUGUGUUAAACAUGAGGCACUCAAAAACUGUCAGGAUAGGAGGUGGAGCCCAUUUAUUUGCAUCAUGGCAUUAUCUAGUGUUCUUGGUCUGCCUAUAUUUUCCUUUUAUCCAGAAACUUGUGGUAGAAGGUAUGCUAUAAAUUUAAGCAACGCAAAAAUGUUUCCAUGAUACUGGUCAAAAUAUUGAAACCAAUCCGACUACUUUGGUCCAAAGCAGGUGGUGGUAAAAAUGACCUUAAUCCAUCCUUCAAAGCAAACCAUAUUGUUCCACUUUUCCUGGCAGAGAAGGGCUCUUUACAACAACCUGUAAUAUCCACUAUUGUUCCUAAGAAUGAACAGUGCCCAAAAUGGAAGCAGCCAGAAAAGCAAGCCAAGAUUUCUUUUCCCAAAAAGGUUUCAAUUAAGAUGCCUUUGGAAUCAGUGAAUCCAAGAGAGAAUGAAACUGUAGAACCAAACCAACUUUCAUCAGCAUCAAAUCUUCAAAAUCUGAUUGCCAAUGUGACAGACAUUGGAUCUUUUUACCUGAAUACUGCUAGUAUGACAGAUAUGGAGAGGUAUGAAAAGAUGCUUAAUGUUUGGAAGCCAGAUCCAAAAUUUGCAUUUCCAAGCAGACAAAUUCAUGGAAAAAGCAGAAAAUUUGUAUAUUCUUGGCUCAUAAAUUAUCCUUGGCUUGCAUACUCGAAGCUAUUAGAUGGUACUUUUUGUCUACCAUGUGUUCUGUUUGGGAGAAAAACUGGUCAAAAUGCAUCUAAACUGGAUAAGUUGAUGAAAAGCCCUUUGACAGAUUGGUCUUCUGCAUUAUAGAAUUAAAGAGCAUCAAAAUAAGUCAGAAAUUCAUAAAACUGCACUCGAAACGAUGAACAGGUUUAAAAAUGUCAUGGAAAGCAAAGAGAAAUUCAUAGAUCUUAUUCAAAAUGAAUCUUUAGACAAAGCUGUGCAGCAAAAUAGGUUGAAGAUAGAUCUAUUGCCAAAUGUGUUCUUCUAUUUGCAAGACAAAAUAUUCCUUUACGUGGUCACAGAGAUGAUUCACAAUACUACGAUACAAGUGAUUGUGGCAAUUUUCAAGCACUUCUAGAUUUUCGCGUUGAAAGUGGUGAUAGGAUCUUGGCAGAACAUUUCAAGACGGCUCCCCGAAAUGCAACAUUCAGAUCAAAGACUGUGCAAAAUGAACUUAUUUCUUGUAUUGCAGAAGAUGUGAACCACCAAAUAAUAAAGGAAAUCAAGGAAUGUGGUCCUUAUUCAAUUUUAGCAGAUGAAGUCACUGAUUGUUCUAAUCAGCAACAGAUGCCUUUGGUCCUACGUAAUGUUGAUGGGAAUGGAGAUAUGAAGGAACGAUUCAUGAAGUAUAUAACUUGCGACACUGGAACAAAGAUGGAGAUGCUCUGAAAACAAAGAUUUUGAAUUGUAUUACAAAUGAUUUGAAUUUGGAUAUCAUGGAUUGCAGGGGACAGUGCUAUGAUGGUGCUGGUAAUAUGGCUGGAAAGUACUCUGGUGUUGCAUCUCGAAUCCUUGAGAUUAAUGACCAAGCUCUUUUUACGCAUUGUGCUUCACACAGGCUAAAUCUUGCUGUUGCUGCUUCAUGCAAACUGCAGUGUAUUAAAAAUAUGAUGGAAUUUGUUCGGAAAAUCGCUCACUUUCUUCAUACUCCAAAACGACAACUUCUAUUGGAACUGAUGGUAAAAAAGCAUUUAAAGAACUAUUCACAUACAAAGCUUAUAAAUCCUUGCGAGACAAGAUGGAUUCUUCGCAUCGAUGCUUUGGAAAGAUUUAUGGAUAUGUACAUCCCAAUAUCAGAAGCUAUGCGAACCAUUCGUGACAACGUAGACGGAAAUUGGGACGAUUGCUCUGCUGAUGCCUUCACCUAUUUCUUUGCACUACAAAGUUUUGAAUUUAUCAUGACGCUGAUUAUUGCUAGAAUGCUCCUGUGCUAUACACGUUCAGCAACCAUUCAGCUGCAAAGUUCUCAUCUUGAUUUCAUUGAAGGGUUGAAGCAAGUUGACAUAACUAUGAAGACCUUAAGAACUGUUCGAGAUUGUAUUGAUGCUUACCAUUCCUCUUGGUUUAAUGAUGCUUUGAAAAUUGCAGAAAGAAUGAAUGCCAGUGUUGUCGCGCCACGUAGUUGUAAAAGGCAAGUUUACAGAACCAAUGCUCCAAGUAAUGAUGUGGAAUCUUAUUUUAAAAUUAAUAUCGCAAUUCCGUUUUUGGACCAUCUUCUUCAAGAGCUGUCUAAAAGAUUUUCUCCCCAAAAUCGCAUUGCAAUAAAAGGAAUUUCCAUAGUCCCUGGGAUGCUCCGAGCAGAAUACAACAACAAAAGUGGCCAAAAGCGAAACUGGAAGGAAACCUUAGAAAGUGGUAUGGAAGACGUAAACAAUGGAACAUAUGCUUCUUCUAUCACUGAUGUAUCGUUAUCUGAUGUUAGGAAAGUGGGGCAGCCAGCACUAACUAAGAAAGCACCAGCAAGCAAAACUAACAUUGAACAGAAAGCAGCCACAAUCCAACGCUGUGAUAAGCUGUGAAAAAAAAAUUUUGAGACGUUUUGCAAUCAAUAUGCCAAUGAUUUGCCUGACAUAUCCUUCAUCUCCCACGAGGUAGACAACUGGGAAUCUGCCUGGAUAGAUGUUCCUGAUGACCAGCUGCCUAAAAAUAUUUCGGACACUUUGAAGAUGACCAAUAAGAUUUCAUUUCCAAAAAUAUACGCCUGUCUCAAAAUACUGGCUGUUUUGCCAGUAACAUCAUGCACUUGUGAACGGUCUGCUUCCUCUGUUAGACUGCUCAAAACAUAUCUAAGAAGUAGAAUGACCUUAGAACGACUGAAUGGCCUAGCAACAACAUACACUCACCGGGAUAAAAAGGUAGAUAUUGAAAACGUUAUUGAUAAUUUUGCAAGGAAAAAUAAGCGGAGAUUAAAACUUGUAAAUAUUCUUGACACUGACAACAAUAUGGAAACCAUUGAUGAAGCUAUAGUUUCUGAAAUAUAUUAGAACAUUUAUCAGUUUAUAAGAAUUCCAAUGAAGUCAUAACAAAGUAACCAAAGUAUUAAAGUAACACAUCAAUUUGUUUUACAUCAAAGUGGAUCCAAAUAUCCUUAUUAAGUAAAGCACAGGAAAGGACAGUAUCCAGCAAUAUAAUAUAUUUUUAUCUUUCAACUGAGAACAGUUCCUGAAUAUCAUAUUCCUAUUAAGUGAAGCACAGCAAAGGACAGCUUCCAGCAAUGCCAUAUUUUUUUAUCUUUCAAUGGAGAAAGUUCCUGAAUAUCAUAUUCUUAUUAAGUAAAGCACAGCAAAGGACAGUAUUGAGCAGUACAAUCUAUUUUCAUCUGAACAAUUUUUUGGUGGUACCGAACUUAAAAAUGGCUUUGAGAAAAGCAAACAUUUCAUAACAUACUUUUCGAAGCUUUUUCGUGUGACACUCCUCAGAGUAUAAAACGUCAGAAUAAUGGUCCGAAAGAACACAAUGGAAAAUAUAUACCCAGUUGUGGAUCGAAAUAGACCAAUCAGAAAAACAGAAGCACGUGACCGUCAUAUUUUUACCUUUCAUUGCAGAACAGUUCUUUAAUAUCAUAGAGUCCAGUUUAGAUGCGAGGAUGGUUGAGUGUAUAGAGUUGCGAUUCAAGGGUCUGUGGUCCUAUUUCCUGACAUGAGCAAUGCAGACAGUUUGAGGAGAGUUUAUUUUUAUCUGUAUUUCCAGUUGUAGAAAUCACGAGGUCUGGUCAUAUCGAGAGGAAGGACCAGAACACUGCUCGAUAAGCAUAGCUUCUCAGUCUGCUAAAAACUACCUUUGAAAGCUAGGUAGUUUAUAGAAAAAUACAAAUCGAAGGUGACCGGUUGCCAUUUUUAAAAUGGGGAACCUCCUUCUCUUUUCUUGACAAAUAAUUUCUAAUUAUGAUCCUUUGGUUUGUAAAUUCGAACCAAUCCAGAUGCCGAUUCCCCAUUUUUGGUUUCUUCUCUGUUUCCUUUCUCUCAUGGGCUCCGCACUAUCCGUUCCUAUCAGUUCUCAGCAAAGGACUCUGCUAUGACAAGUUUAUCAUUGACAUUGUUGGAGAGUACUAAAGACGCCACGAGUGAUAGUUUUUCUAUGAAAGACAGUUGGAAUAAAGGAAUCAGUGCUAUUCUAUGGACUCUGUUAAAAAGCGUGCUUUGUUCAUCAGUAAUCAGACGUUAUACCUAAAAUCUUUUGGUUAGUAACUCGCAUCGAACGAAGACCACGAAGUACGUACACAUUUAUUCCUGUUAAUGUUUAUGUUUUCAAAACUCUUUAUACUGUCUGUUGAACUUUUUAUAUAACUAGACCAUUUUCAUAACUCAUUUUACAAAAACGCCUACCGCAUUGUUUGACCACGCCUUUUGACCACGCCCCGUUGACCCCACCCUUUGACCCCACCCAUGUAUGCUUUUGGUCUAUUUUGUAAGUCAGUCAGAUUUUACUCUGGAUCCGCCCCUGCUCUAUCCAUAAUUCCUCAACCUCUAGUGAAUGAAAACAUGAGAUGGCGAUAACAACAACAUCUGUGUCGACAGUU